AUGCUUCGUACAUGCGUUAAUUUAUUAUACAAGAGAUCGUUCCAGUUAUCUCUUGCAACACGCUUCACAAGCACCGACCCAACAGCUGGAGCAAUCAACGCUGCACACGACAAAUUUUCUGAACGUGAACAAGCGUUUGAAAAUGCAUAUUUUCGCAAAUUGAAUGACGAGCUUUUGGUGCAACUACGCGAACGACACGGUGAUUUAGAAAAACAAUCGGAUAACAUCGAACAAGAACGUAAACGUAUCGAAGAACAAAUUAAAAAUUCCAAUAAAUGUGACAUAUCCAAACGCUUGCCAAUCAAAGAGAAAUAUUCUACUGUUAAAAACACAUAA